AUGAUUGAUCUAACCAUCACUGUUACAACGAAGCAAGUCUCCCGCGUAGACCACCACGCUGCCGAUGUCUCUCAUCUCUCAACUGGUGGUAAAGACGCUGAUGACGAUGUAAACUCUCAUGAUCAAAUUGUUUCCCACGCUGAACCCUCGCACCUCUCGGAAACAACUAGCAGUGCAUUAGCAUGGAGUCGCACCAAGAAGUGCACCGGCUCCAAGGAAAGAGACAACAACAGUAGCGGUCAGGAAUAA